CAAAAAAAAAGAAAAAAAGAAAAAAGAAAAGAUAACAAAGAACCUGACCAAAAAAUGGGCCAAUGACCUUAACAGGCACCUCACCAAAGAAGACAUUGGUGGUAAAUAAGUAUAUGAAAAGAUGUCCCACAUCAUAUGUCAGUGAAUAUCAUAUCAGGGAAUGCAAAUUACAACAGCAAUGAAGUACCAUUACGUAUUGAUUAGAAUGGCCAAAAUCUAGAACUGACAACACUAAAUUCCCUGACGAAGAUGUGGAGCAGCAGGAACUUUCCUUCAGUUUCUGGUGGGAAUCGAAAAUGGUACAAUGAGUUUGGAAGACAGUUUGGCAGUUUCUUACAAAACUAAAUAUACUCUUGUCAUAAGAUUCGGCAGUCAUGCUCCUUGAUAUUAACCAAAGGAACUGAAAACUUAUGUCCACACAAAAACCUGCACACAGAUGCUUACCACAGCUUUAUUUGUGAUUGUCAAAAAUCAGAAGCAACCAAGAUGUUCUUCAGUAGCUGAGUGAAUAAAUGGUGGCACAUCCAGACAAUGGGACAUUAUUCAGUGCUAAAGAGAGAUGAGCUCUCAAGCCACAAAAAGAUGUGGAAGAAAUUUAAGUGCAUAUCUGUAAGUGAAAGAAGCCAAUCUGAAAAGGCUACGUACUGUGAUUCCAACUACAUGACAUUCUGGAAAAGGGAAUGGAGAGGCCGGCAGCCCGACAGCCGCAAGGGCCGGACGCACUGAGGAGCUUCCAGGGGCUGCUGCUGGACCGCCGAGGCCGGCUGCACGGCCAGGUGCUGCGCCUGCGCGAGGUGGCCCAGCGCCUAGAGCGCCUGCGCAGGCGCUCCCUGGUGGCCAACGUGGCUGGCAGCUCGCUGAGCGCAACGGGCGCCCUCGCAGCCAUCGUGGGGCUCUCGCUCAGCCCCGUCACCCUGGGGGCCUCGCUGCUGGCGUCGGCCGUGGGGCUGGGGAUGGCCACAGCCGGAGGGGCUAUCACCAUCACGUCCGAUCUCUCGCUGAUCUUCUGCAACUCCCGGGAGCUGCGGAGGGUGCAGGAGAUCGCGGCCACCUGCCAGGACCAGAUGCGGGAGAUCCUGAGCUGCCUGGAGUUCUUCUGCCGCUGGCAGGGCUGCGGGGACCGCCAGCUGCUGCAGUGCGGCAGGAACGCCUCCAUCGCCCUGUACAAUUCUGUCUACUUCAUCGUCUUUUUCGGCUCACGUGGCUUCCUCAUCCCCAGGCGGGCGGAGGGGGAUACCAAGGUUAGCCAGGCCGUGCUGAAGGCCAAAAUUCAGAAACUGGCCGAGAGCCUGGAGUCCUGCACGGGGGCUCUGGACGAAUUCAGCGAACAGCUGGAGUCCCGGGUCCAGCUCUGCACCAAGUCCAGCCGUGGCCACGACCUCAAGAUCUCUGCUGACCAGCGUGCAGGGCUGUUUUUCUGAGAACAUCCUUUCCCCCUAAUGACCGAGGCCAGCAAAUCAUCCCCAUGGGAUGCUCCAGAUUUUGUAGCUCCCUUAGGAAAACACCAAGCUGGGUUAGGAGCCAAAGGCAAAGGAUGAGAAAAACUGGUUUUGAAGUGGGUGGGUCCCCACAGCCCUUCUUUUCCCAUCACUGUGACAUCUGCCUGGGCUUGAGUGCUAUGGACUUUUCAGUUGUGUGAUCCUAGUGGAAGAAUGUGACCCCAAAACUCUUUUUCCUUUAUCAAAACCUUUCUGUCGAAACACAGCUGGGCAGGCACUCCUGUUUGAAAGUUAUUUCGGGGUCCCUGACCCUGCCCUGGUGGCUUGACCUGAGACUGGACAGAGUGCCACCCUCUGGGCCCUCUCCAAGUCCUACUAGUCUUUGAAGUCCUCAAAAUGCCCGUGAGAGAAGGCAUUUGCCUCUCUUCCAGAAUGUCUGACAAAGAACUCCAGAAUCCAGAGCAAAUCAGCCCUCCUCUAAGCGUUGUAGGACACUUCAGAACCCAGAGAGGGCCCUGGUGUUGACAUGUCCUCCUCUUCCCUUUCCCUUCAGCUUACCCACUCCCAGAUGCAGCCUGGGUAUGCAGUAGGCCUUUCCUGAGUGGCUCCCAAUCCAGUCCUCCAAGUACUCAGAGAGAAAGCCCGUUAAACCAUCAUCUAAGUCCUGCUCCCUCACAUGAAGAAGCUGAGGGCCCCAUAGAUGGAGCGACUGCCAACUUCAUUUCCCGACAUCAUUGUGUUCAGAAGAGAGUGAUGGGUUUUGAGUUAGACAGUCCUGGGCUUGAGACAGGCUUUGUCACUACUGUGUGAGCGUAGCCACCUAAUCUCUCUUUGACUGUGUAAAACAAAGAUUAUAAAACCUCAUCCUGUUGUGAGAUACUAAAUGAGCCAAAGUACCUAGCAUAGUGCUGGCUCAUAUAGUGUAGUCCCUGGAAUGGCAGAUUAACACCACCCAGGAACUUGUUAGAAAGGCAAAUUCUUGAACACAACCCCCCUGACUUAUGGAAUCAGAAACUCUGGAUGUGGAGCCCAGCAACCUGAGUUUAAACAAUUUCUCUCGGUGGUUCUGUGGCACACUAAGGUUUGAGAACCACCGCAACAAAUGCUAACUUCUAAUCCCCUUGAUGAGCUUUCACGAAGUUUCACGGCUUCUCUAGGGACUCCAUGGUCUUCAGAGUUGUUCACAGAUGACCAAGGACAGACUGUGUCCCAGAAGCCAAAAUGAGAGAGAGCACCCGUAGGUGCAUCCUGGGGCAGUGUCUCACCGUAUGAACUAAGGGAUGUAACACUAUAAGCCCAUUAGAGGGCAGUGUUCCCCACCUAUUGUAGAAACUGGUACAAAAGGAAUGUGAAGUUCCUGAAACUGAACUUUCUCUGUUACUACCUUCUCUGAAAAGCGCCAGUCCAUGUAUUUUUUAUUUAUUUUACGUUUGUAAUUUAAGUAUUGUUUAUUGUUUGCAUUUAAUUUUAUUUAACCACCACAUUUAGAAAAUAAUAAGAGCAAGUUUCUAAAUGGGAGACUGCUGUGGCUCUUUGCAAGAGAUGAGAUUAAGUUUGAGUUUCUAAGGCAGAGCAUGGGUUGGAAAUAGCAUUGCUUUCCUUGAAUGUCUCUCUCCUUCAGGGAGACUUUUAUUCUCUAGUGUUUUAAGUGAUCCUUUUAAGUAAGUGUGGAGAGUUUGAAAGAGCAAGAGCAGGAGCUGAGUUUAAGCUUGUAAUGGAGGCUUGCAUUGUGGGAUAUAUAACUGAGGAAGCAUAUUUAUCCUGAGGGUAUUUUGCCAGAAGAUAACACUUGACCUGGAAAAGGAACCUAUUUAGUUCAGGAAAGAUAAAAAGUUUAGAGGUAUGUGAAGGAAGCACUUGGACCUUGCAAGCCUGAUGUCCUAUCAAGUUAUGUCUUAUGGGUGACAGACAAAAUAACCUGUCUUAUGGUGGUGAUGUGUUGCAUUUUCACUUUGGGGUCUGUAAGAAACUGUCAGCGAGAAUGUAUACAAUUCCUCCAGUUUCCAUUCUUAACAACCGUAAUGUUGAAAAAUAAGUUGAAAAGUCUUUGGGACCAUA